AUGGUUCUUUCAUCUUUGAGAAGCCGACUAUUUUCUCGGCAACAUGAGGGUAAGGUUAGUACUACUACUCCCGCAUCCGCCGAUCAUGAGAAUGAUGAGGUAGCAUCGAGUGUUACUGGUACCGACGAAAUCAACAAAUCAAUAGAGGAAACUGGAAUUUCAAACGAGAAGAUUAGUCCCGAGACAAGCAUCAAAGAUUUCACUCCUGUUGUUGAGACUUCACCUCUUGAUAUCGAAAAAGCGACAUCAGAUGGGCAUUUUGGUGAUGAUGAUCCCCUUCUUAAAGAUAUCCCUUGGCAAGUCCGUCGAAUUGUCAGUCUUGAGGAUGAUCCUACCGAACCGACAAUUACAUUCCGAUAUUUCCUUUUGACGGUUAUAUUUGUCGCACCAGGAGCUUUCCUAUCGCAAAUGAGCUCAUACCGUACAACAUCCGCUCCAUACUCAGUCUUCUUCGUUCAAAUUUGUUCCAAUUAUGUCGGUGUUUGGCUAGCAAAGAUUCUUCCAGCCAAGAUUAUCCGGUUACCAUUUGGAAGAAGUUUCAGUCUCAAUCCAGGUCCUUGGGGAACAAAAGAACAUGUAUUGGUCACCAUUUCUGCAGCAUCUGGGGCUACUUACAAUUUGGCAUACGCCCCCAUCUCUAUUGCUGAGCUGUACUUUGGGAUUACCGUUCAUCCAGCCAUUGCAAUAUUUUUCAUGUGGAGUGUCGUAUACACCGGAUAUUCUUUUGCAGCUAUUGCUAGACAAUUCUUGCUCUAUGAUCCUGUAUAUCCGUGGUAUCAAGCUCUCUGCCAGACUGCUCUCUUCGAAACUCAGAAAAAGCAGAGACAGCAUCCAUCCCGCAUUUCUAAAAAGCAAAUGAGAGUUUUCUUUGGCGUUCUCGCAGGAAUCACUCUAUGGCAGUUCCUACCAGAAUUUGUGUUUCCAAUGCUUGGAUCCUUGGCAUUCCUCUGUUGGGUCGCCCCAAAGAACAAGGUUGCAAACUUUAUGGGAUCAGGUUUUGGAGGCAUGGGAUUCUUGAAUCUGACACUCGAUUGGUCAAGCAUUGCUAGUUUGAGUAACUCCAAUAGCUUGUUUGUAACUCCAUGGUGGACACAAGUCAUCAUUUUUCUGGCAUUUGUGGUCAACUGCUGGAUCUUGCUUCCCGCCGCGAAGUGGGGAAAUUUGGCCUCUUGGAAACCUGAAUUAAUGUCCAAUCGUCUCUUCACGGAAAACGGAACUAGUUAUCCAACCACGGCGCUCAUUACCCCCCAAGCUACAUUCAAUGCAACUGCCUAUGCCGAAUACGGACCCGUUUACGUUGGCGCACAGCAGCUUUGGAAUAUGUUCUUCGAUUACGCCGCUUACACUUCCGGGAUUAGUUGGAUUUGUUUCUUCGGUUUCACCCAGAUCAAAGAUACCAUUACCAAAUUGAAUUCUCGACGUAAGAACAAAGUUGAAGGAGAGACUAUCAAUCACCAAUACAACGAUCAACUCAAUAUUCUCCAACGUUCUUAUAAAGAAGUUCCAUGGUGGUGGUCAUUAGUUCUUUUCCUCGUCACCUUUGUCAUCAUGAUGGCCAUUUUAGGGACCGGAAACCUCUUCAUUCCUUUAUGGACAUACUUCAUUGCCGUCCUUACAGGUGUUGUGGUUGUUAUCCCAUUGGGUUGGUUAUACGCCCUAUCUAACUUCCAACUUCCAAUUGGUACCUUCAACGAACUUUUGUACGGCCUUAUGGUAAACUCCGUCGAUGGGCACAAAAACCCUUCUGGUGCAUCAGUUUAUUCAUCCCUUGCAGGUGAUGCAUGGUAUCGUGCACAACUUAUGCUUCAAGACCAGAAAAUCGGUCAUUAUAUGCAUAUUCCUCCUCGAGACACCUUUUUGGCCCAGGUAUUUGGUUGCUUCAUCGGUAUCCCAAUCAAUUACGGAGUGGUAAAAUGGGUGCUGGGCAGCAAAGCGGCAUAUUUAAGUGGCGCGGAAACGGAUCCAACACAUCAGUGGACGGGUCAAGGUCUUGCUACGACAUUAACUACUAGCACGCAAUAUGUUCUCAUCGGGCCCCGUCGCCUUUUUGAAUUACCUAUAUACCGACCCCUUCCAUACGGAUUCCUCGUUGGUGCCAUCCUUCCACCUAUAAUUUACCUCCUUCAUCGCCGUUUCCCUAAAGCCAAGUUCCAUCUCUUCAACACCACCAUCUUUUUCUCCGGUCUUUCUACUUUCUCUGGUAAUAUCUCUACCGGGUAUACUUCUUCCAUCAUUGGUGGUUUUAUCGUCUCUUACUGGGCGUAUCGAUAUAGAUACGAGCUCUGGUCAAGAUAUAACUAUAUCCUUGCUGCAGCCUUUGACGCAGGAUUUAAUUUGAACAUGUUGUUGAUUUUCUUAUUCUUUGGCGCAGGAAAGGUUAUUACUAUGCCGAAUUGGUGGGGUAAUAAUGCGGAUAGUGUGGAUAGAUGUUUUGUUUUGGAGUAA